AAGGUGGUAAUGAUUUCUGUACUGUCCCAGUUGGGUAUCAAUUUGAGGGAAUCGGUCUCUUGCCGGACUGGAUGUAUGAAUGUUACAUGACUAUUGAAGUUUUCAAAUACAGAUUGAAACGUGUUAUCUAUUGAGGCCAUGUAACCCUCCUGGAUCAUAAUGGAUCUGUCAGCUGAAUAGUACUGAGAGUCAUAAUCAAUAUACCUAUGUUGUCACCUGUGUGACCUGGAUCACACAAACAUAGGGAAAGUGGAGUGUCGACAGCAGAAGAUGUGAUGACACAGCAUUGACGGCAGGACAUUGGGGGACAAAGGAUUGGCAGAAUAUUGGGUAACUGUGUUGACAGAAGAACAUUAGGUAACUGUGUUGACAGAAGAACAUUGGGCAACUGUGUUGACAGCAGAGCAUAGGGCAACUGUGUUGACAGAACAUUGGGCAACUGUGUUGACAGAAGAACAUUGAGCACCUGUGUUGGCAGAAGAACAUUAGGUAACUGUGUUGACAGAAGAACUUUGGGCACCAGUGUUGACAGCAGAGCAUAGGGCAACUGUGUUGACAGGAGAACAUUGGGCAACUGUUGACAGCAGGACAUUGGGCAACUGUUGACAGCAGGAGAUUGGGCAACUGUUGACAGCAGGAGAUUGGGCAGCUGUUGACAGGAGAACAUUGGGUAACUGUGUUGACAAGAGAGCAUUGGGCACCAGUGUUGACAGCAGGACAUUGGGCACCAGUGUUGACAGCAGGUCAUUGGGCACCAGUGUUGACAGCAGAACAUUGGGCACCAGUGUUGACAGCAGGUCAUUGGGCACCAGUGUUGACAGCAGGACAUUGGGCAACUGUGUUGACAGCAGGACAUUGGGCAACUGUGUUGACAGGAGAACAUUGGGCAACAGAGUUGACAGGAGAACACUGGGCAACUGUGUUGACAGGAGAACAUUGGGCAACUGUGUUGACAGGAGAACAUUGGGCAACUGUGUUGACAUCAGGACAUUGGGCAACUGUGUUGACAUCAGGACAUUGGUCACCAGUGUUGACAGUAGGACAUUGGGCACCAGUGUUGACAGCAGAACACUGGGCACCAGUGUUGACAGCAGGUCAUUGGGCACCAGUGUUGACAGCAGGACAUUGGGCACCGGUGUUGAAAGCAGGACAUUGGGCACCAGUGUUGACAGCAGGUCAUUGGGCACCAGUGUUGACAGCAGGUCAUUGGGCACCAGUGUUGACAGCAGGUCAUUGGGCACCAGUGUUGACAGCAGGACAUUGGGCAACUGUGUUGACAGGAGAACAUUGGGCAACAGUGUUGACAGGAGAACAUUGGGCAACUGUGUUGACAUCAGGACAUUUUGCAACUGUGUUGACAGCAGGACAUUGGGCUACUGUGUUGAAAGCAGAAAAAUGGGUAAUUGUGUUAACAGCAGAACAAAGAGCAUCACAAUAUUUAUUUACAAAAAAUUUUGGACACUGUUAAAGAAUGUGUUGACAUCACAAUAUGGGGGUGACACAGUGUUAUAUCAAGGCGGUGUAGACAGCAGAGUAUGUGGAAGGUAUUAGUGGUUGCUGCAGAACCAUUGGCACAACACUUCAUGGGGAAGUUUACAGCACAUGGUUAGAACUACUGAAAACCAAAUGCAACUUAAAGUAUUGACUGCCAUCUGCCAUAUAAUCUGAUAUAAUCCCUCCAAAGUGAGUUCCUGUAGAGACAGGCAGACAUGAUGUCAGCAUUCUUCAGCGUUUAGUAACCCAGAAAUGACUACAUGUGUCUUUUCUAUGAACACACAUAGGUGUGGCUAGUGACAACAUAAUGUUCAUCAAGGGAAGAGUCAGCACUAUCACGCUGGAUAACACCUGUGAUACCUGGCACAGAGACAUAUGUGUGAGUUCCAACAAACAUAUGAUAUCUACUACCUGUGUGCUUAUUAAUAUCUACUACGUAUGUGAAAGAACAGAUCGUUCGAUGACCCACAAUUAAACACUACAGGAAUAACAAAGUCAUUUUUACAACAAAUUCUAACCCAAACUGGUAUCCUAGCAACAAGAUGGGAAGUUUGAUAGAUAAGUUUGUUGCAGAAAGUGACAAGUCAAACUGUGAAACUGAUGAAGACAGGGAUGCGUCUGUGACAAGUGACUCAGCCGAGGUGGUCAGUCAUUGCGUCAGUUUAAAACACAAGUCAAAAGAAGAGCGCACAUUCCUGGACGUCUUGCCAUUGUUUCUGCAGGAACUCUGGCGGAUUCGUAUUGAAAAACAAGCAACUGAGUUUAGUGUUGACCAAACAAUGUCUUCGAAUGAUGGCAGGUCGUGGGAGUUGGAAGAUGUUGAUGACGAAGGGGCGGCUGGAGGGACAGGUGAACACGACAGUGACCCCGAAUGUGACUUUUUUAAUCAGGGCUUCCUGCAGGAAGUCAACGGGCCUCAGAAGUCACAGAGUGGAUCACUAAUGGGGGGCGAUGGCGAGUACGGUGAUGAUGACUAUCGCAACAAAUACUCCUGGUCACACCAUGCAAAUGGAGGCCCCCCAGAACACAACCCAUUCUACACCAGCAUAGACAGCAUGCCGGAGAUUAAGCCUCGCCGCAAGUCCAUCCCUCUAGUCAGUGACUUGUUACGCACCGUAAUGAGAGCAGAAGCUGGUCUACUCAAGAAUAAAAGCAUGGCAGCCAAGAGAAAUGCAGGUGUUCCCUCAGCGAUGGUGGCUCGCCAGUCUCUUAAUGAUGAAGAACUGAAGAUGCAUGUUUACAAGAAAACCCUCCAGGCCCUCAUUUACCCCAUCUCCAGUACAACACCGCACAACUUUGUUGUGUGGACUGCAACAUCGCCGACAUACUGUUUUGAGUGUGAAGGUCUGCUGUGGGGACUUGCACGCCAAGGGGUGAGGUGCACCGAGUGCGGGGUCAAAUGUCACGAGAAAUGCAAAGACUUGCUCAAUGCUGACUGUCUGCAAAGGGCGGCUGAGAAGAGCUCCAAGCAUGGAGCGGAGGACAAGACGCACAACAUCAUCAUGGCUAUGCGGGAACGGAUGAAGAUACGGGAGAAAAACAAGCCUGAUAUAUUUGAGCUCAUCAGGCAAGUGUUCAGUGUAGAUAAAAAGUCUCACUCUGGUCACAUGAAAGCUGUCAAACAGAGUGUGCUUGAUGGGACGUCCAAGUGGUCAGCCAAAAUAGCUAUAACUGUGAUAUGUGCCCAGGGUCUGAUUGGGAAGGACAAGACCGGCACCAGUGAUCCCUAUGUUACAGUGCAGGUUGGCAAAGUGAAAAAACGAACCAAAACAGUGCCUCAAGACCUGAAUCCUGUGUGGAAUGAAAAAUUUUAUUUUGAGUGCCAUAAUUCCUCUGACAGGAUCAAGGUCCGUGUGUGGGAUGAAGACAAUGACCUCAAGUCCAAGUUACGCCAGAAAUUGACACGAGAAUCUGAUGAUUUCUUGGGCCAGACUAUUAUUGAGGUGCGAACUCUGAGUGGCGAGAUGGACGUCUGGUACAACUUGGAAAAGCGGACUGACAAAUCCGCAGUAUCUGGUGCUAUCCGUCUCCACAUAAGUGUGGAGAUCAAGGGCGAAGAGAAGGUUGCCCCCUACCAUGUGCAAUACACCUGCCUUCAUGAGAACCUCUUCCACUACCUUUGUGAGCAAGCCGAGGGUGAGGUGAAGUUGCCAGAUGCUAAAGGGCAAGAUGACGCGUGGAAAGUGUACUUUGAUGAGCCAGCCCAGGAAAUUGUGGAUGAGUUUGCCAUGAGAUAUGGCAUUGAGUCCAUCUACCAGGCCAUGACUCACUUCUCCUGCCUGGCAACAAAGUACAUGUGUCCCGGCGUGCCUGCAGUCAUGAGCACGCUCCUUGCAAACAUCAACGCCUUCUAUGCACACACAACGGCAACAACAGCUGUCUCAGCCAGUGACCGCUUCGCUGCAUCCAACUUUGGGAAAGAAAAGUUUGUCAAGUUGCUGGACCAACUGCACAAUUCUCUCCGGAUUGACUUGUCAAUGUACAGAAACAAUUUCCCGGCAUCUGACCCAGCCCGCCUGCAGGAUCUCAAAUCCACUGUUGACCUGCUCACCAGCAUCACCUUCUUCAGAAUGAAGGUGCAAGAGCUGGCAAGUCCUCCCCGCGCCAGCACUGUUGUGAAGGACUGCGUCAUCGCAUGCAUCAAAUCCACGUACAAGUUUCUAUUUGACAACUGCUAUGAGCUGUACAACCGAGAAUUCCAGACUGACCCAUCAGAGUUACCGAACCCGGACUUUGAGGGCCCAAGUAGUCGAAGCCUGGACUUCUGGCACAAACUCAUUGCCCUCAUUGUGUCUGUCAUAGAGGAGGACCGCAACAGCUAUACUUCCGUGUUGAACCAGUUUCCUCAAGAGUUGAACAUUGGCCAAGUUAGUGCUGCCAUGCUGUGGGACCUCUUCUCUAAAGACCUGUGCUUUGCCCUGGAAGAUCAUGAGAAGGAGCCGAUCUGCAAAAGUUCGGAGUACAUGAACCUACACUUCCGGGUCAAGUGGCUGUACAGCAAAUACAUCGCUGAAGUGCCUCAGUGCAAAGGCACUGUCCCACAGUACCCUCAAUGGUUUGAACCUUUCGUCAUGCAGUGGCUCAACGAAAAUGAUGACGUUUCAAUGGAGUAUCUUCAUGGUGCCUAUGAUCGGGACAAGAAAGAUGGUUUCCAAAAGAGUUCGGAGCAUGCACUGUUUUCCACGUCGGUGGUGGAUGUGUUCACACAGCUCAAUCAGUGUUUUGAUGUCAUCAAGAAGCUUGAGUGCCCUGAUCCAGAAAUUGUCAAGAACUACAUGCGACGCUUUGCCAAGACUGUGAAUAAAGUCCUUCUAGCCUAUGCAGACAUUGUGAGGAGGGACUUUGAGAAGUACACAAACCGGCAGAAAGUGGCCUGCAUCCUGAUGAACAACAUCCAGCAGUUGCGGGUACAGCUGGAGAAAGUGUUUGAGUCCAUGGGCGGGGAGAAACUGGAUCCUGAGGCUGGCGGCAUCUUGAAGGAGCUCCAGCAGAAACUCAACAGCGUCCUGGACGACCUCAGCAGCAUAUUUGCCAAGAGUCUGGAGCCUCAGAUCCAGCAGAGCAUGAUUGAGCUGGGCCAGCUGCUGUCCAAGGUGAAGGGAGCAGGGCAGGUGUCGUUGUCCCAGCCCAGCCAAAGGACCAGCAUCCAGCAGGAGUCAGACGCAGUCCUCCGACCUCUCAUGGACCUCCUUGACGGAAGUCUGUCCAUGUUUGCACAAGUGUGUGAGAAGACCGUUUUGAAGAGGUUGCUCAAGGAGUUGUGGAGGAUAGUGAUGCAUACGAUGGAGAAGACGGUGGUGUUGCCACCACUCUCAGAUCCCAGACAGCUGUUGCCCAUUGCUGGAAAUGCACAGGCAAAGAUCGAGGAUAUGUCUCGCUUGUUGCUCAACCAUGUUAGUCAGAUGCCCGGCAACAACCCAAUGAAACAAGUCAAGACACUUCAAGCAACAUUCUUGGACAUGUCUAAAGAGGCUGAGAAGAACUUGAGUCCGAAGCAGUGUGCAGUGCUGGAUAUGGCCCUGGACACGAUCAAGCAGUAUUACCAUGCCAGUGGGCAGGGACUGAAGAAGACCUUCCUGGACAAGAGUCCAGAGUUACAGUCUCUGCGAUACGCACUGUCUCUGUACACACAGACCACAGAUACCCUCAUAAAGACCUUCGUCAGCACACAGACGCAGCAAGGUCAUUUUCAGAUACACCCAGUGUCCUUCUCAGACCAGCCAGGCGUGGCAGAUCCAGUGGGGGAGGUAUCUGUCCAGGUCGACCUCUUCACUCAUCCAGGGACAGGUGAACACAAGGUCACUGUGAAAGUUGUGGCAGCCAAUGAUCUGAAAUGGCAGACAACAGGAAUGUUUCGGCCAUUUGUUGAGGUUCAUCUUAUUGGUCCACACCUCAGUGAUAAGAAACGGAAGCACUCAACCAAAUCCAAGAGUAACAACUGGUCACCCAAAUAUAAUGAAACCUUCCACUUUAUUCUUGGUAACGAGGAUGAACCUGAUGCCUAUGAGCUGCACAUUUGUGUGAAGGACUACUGCUUUGCCCGUGAGGACCGACUGAUUGGGGUGGCGGUGAUGCAAUUGCGAGACAUCGUGGAACAGGGCAGUUGUGCCUGUUGGUGUUCGCUGGGACGCCAGAUGCAGCUGAAUGAAACAGGAUGGACAAUAUUGCGUAUUCUCUCACAACGAACAAAUGAUGAAGUUGCGAAAGAGUUUGUGAAACUAAAAUCAGAAUGUCGGCAUGCAGAAGAGAUGACAUGAUACCCAAUUCGCCCCCAUAGGUGAAGGUCAUAUCUAACUUAUAGUCCAAAGCAAAGGGCAUAUACAUUGAUUAUGCUGAGAUGUGUGAAGCCUGCUUCAAUAUCUGGGUAAGGUCUUGGUCUAGCCUUGUAUGUAAAGCAUGCAAUUAUUAUAUGCUAAAGAAGUACAUCAAGGAAAGCAUUGACUGGGAUCUCCACAUUUGGCUUGUCUCUUUUUUUCAUCACUCAUCCCUUCAUGUGGUAGAUAUAGACUGUAGGUGUAAGAACCAAGUGUAGACUGACUCGGCCCUCCCGCAUCUGAAUAGUGUCACUCACUGUGAUUGGUCAUCCUGCAUCUGACUAGUAUCACUCGUUGUGAUUGGUCCUCCUGCUUCUGAAUAGUAUCACUCACUGUGAUUGGUUAUCUUGUAUCUGGACGACAACUGAUGUCUCUCAGUGAUUUACCCAGCUGUGUUUGAACUGCCACACACGCAGUGUACAUGGCUGUGAUUGGCCGAGCUUUAUUUCGACUGACACUGUGCCCCCCCCCCUGCUGUGAUUGGCCCAGCUGAACUAUCCAUCGUAGACCAUGUGUACAGAUGUGUAGGAAUUCAUCCUUUGUUGUAUAAAGAGCUCCAGAAUAUUUCUGUACAUACAAUUUGUUUUUCUACAAUACUGUAGAUGAUUGUAAAUCUAUGUACAAACUGGUUGUUUUUUAAGAGUUUUUUAGAAACAAAUCAUGCAUGCAUUUUGAUUUGCCAAAGUAUGAUUGAAUUCCUUGAAGGUACUAUAUUUUUAUGUGAAUGUAUAUGGGACAGUGAAAUGUGCUUCCACCCCAGGGUGCUUGUGGAGAUGCUGGCCAUACUUGCAGCAGCAUAGGAACCAUCAGCCUAUAUCUCAGUACAGUUUUUAUCUGGACAACCAUGCAACUGGACAACCAUGCAAACUCUUGCAUAAUGGAUAUUUUAAAAUAUACUUAGUUUAGCAAUCUAUUGGUGGUUUGUUGCCAGAUGGAUCUAUGUAUCCAGCUUAAUUGUUAAGGCUUUGAUUGGCAAGUCUAUACUAGAUAUAACUAUGGAAGCUUUGGUCAAGAUGAAACAAAGGAUCCUUUGGUCAGGAUGUAACUAAGGACCCUUGUGUCAGAGGUAACUAAGGACCACUGUGUCAGUUGUAACUAAGGACCACUGUGUUAGAUGUAACUAAGGACCACUGUGUCAGAUGUAACUAAGGACCACUGUGUUAGAUGUAACUAAGGACCACUGUGUCAGAUGUAACUAAGGACCACUGUCAGAUGUAACUAAGGACCACUGUGUUAGAUGUAACUAAGGACCACUGUCAGAUGUAACUAAGGACCACUGUCAGAUGUAACUAAGGACCACUGUGUCAGAUGUAACUAAGGACCACUGUCAGAUGUAACUAAGGACCACUGUGUUAGAUGUAACUAAGGACCACUGUCAGAUGUAACUAAGGACCACUAUGUCAGAUGUAACUAAGGACCACUGUGUCAGAUGUAACUAAGGACCACUGUGUCAGGUGUAACUAAGCAUACUUUGAUCAAGAUGUAACUAUAGAUACUUUUAUCAAGAAGUAACUAAGGAUACUUUGAUCAAGAAAUAAUAAAGAUACUUUGAUCAAGAUGUAACUAAGGAUACUUUGAUCAAGAAGUAGCUAAUGAUACUUUGAUCAAGAAGUAACUAAGGAUUCUUUGAUCAAGAUGUAAUUAAAGAUACUUUGAUCAAGAAGUAACUAAGGAUACUUUCAUCAAGAAGUAACUAAAGAUACUUUGAUCAAGAUGUAAAUAAAGAUACUUUGAUCAAGAAGUAACUAAGGAUACUUUGAUCAAGAAGUAACUAAGGAUACUUUGAUCAAGAAGUUGCUUAGAUACUUUGAUCAAGAUGUAAUUAAAGAUACUUUGAUCAAGAAGUAACUAAGGAUACUUUUAUCAAGAAGUAACUAAGGAUACUUUUAUCAAGAAAUAAUAAAGAUACUUUGAUCAAGAAGUAACUAAGGAUUCUUUGAUCAAGAUGUAAUUAAAGAUACUUUGAUCAAGAAGUAACUAAGGAUUAUUUGAUCAAGAUGUAAUUAAAGAUACUUUGAUCAAGAAGUAACUAAGGAUACUUUCAUCAAGAAGUAACUAAAGAUACUUUGAUCAAGAUGUAAAUAAAGAUACUUUGAUCAAGAAGUAACUAAGGAUACUUUGAUCAAGAAGUAACUAAGGAUACUUUGAUCAAGAAGUUGCUUAAGAUACUUUGAUCAAGAUGUAAUUAAAGAUACUUUGAUCAAGAAGUAACUGAAGAUACUUUGAUCCUUAUGUAAUAAAGGAUCAAGAUGUAACUAAGGAUACUUUGUUCAAGAUACAACUAAGGAUACUUUGAUCAAGAUGUAACUGAGGACCCUUUAGUUGCAAAGAACCAUUCAAACAAACUAAGACUAUUUAAAUGACCCACAGAGCCAGAUUCACAUGAAAUAUUACAUGUUAUAUGUUUGUAUCUGUGCAGUGUGAAGGCGUCAAUACAUACUUGCCUUCCUUCACAAUAAUUGGCAUUCAGAAGGGUAACAGUGAAGUGGAUAACACCUAUAGCAGCAUACUUUGAUCCUCAGCAAAUAUGGCCUUCAUCUCCCUGGUGUAGCUGGGCUCUGGUUGCCAUGGUCACAUUCACUUUGUGUAGUAGGUGGAUUCGGUUGUUACAAUGUUGUAGAUGGGUUCCGUUACAUCUCAAUCUACCAACAUCCAGUGUUCUGUGGAACUUCAGCAUGUUCUGAAUGUGUCAUGUUUAAUGUUGGGACAAUUAUGAAUCCUUUGGCACCAAGAUUAGUUAGCUGGGGACUGACAAUAUUAUUUUGUAAUGGAACUUUGGAUAAAGACAAGUUCGUAUUUUUUAACAAAUGCAAAUGUUUUAAACUGGCCCUAGAUGACAGAUGUUUGUGUUUGCAUGCAUAAUACAUAAAGAAUACCAGAUUUCACCUGGGAGAUAUUAUAAGGAUGUAUGUUUUGUUAUCCACAGUGUUAUCCAAAGACUCCCAAGUCCCCUGCAUAAGAUGGUUAGGCCUACCUGGUACAUAUGGAAACUCUCAGACAUGUUUGGUAUAUUCAUCAAACUUGCCAUUGUAACUUCAUUUGCCAUAAGUUCUUGUCACAAUGUAUUUUUAAUAUAUACUUGCUACCUGAAACAACUAGAGAAGAACAGUGCCCCCUGCUCCCCCUGCUCCCCAUGCGCUGCCUAGUGUGUCAGAUAGACUGUAGAAGCAAGUGUUGCAUAGUGUUACCUGGUAUAUAGGUGUAGACAGGUAAAGGCUUGUUUAACGGUCUGCUGAUACAACUAAAGCCCUGCCUUACUGCUGUCUAAAGCUUUCUCCUAUGGGUUUACCUGUACCACUGUCUACCUGUACCACUGUCUACAGACAUCUAUAGGUCUACCUGUACCACUGUCUACAAACAUCUAUAGGUCUACCUGUACCACUGUCUACAGACAUCUAUAGGUCUACUUGAACCACUGUCUACAGACAUCUAUAGGUUGACCUGUACCACUCUCUACAGACAUCUAUAGGUCUACCUGUACCACUCUCUACAAACAUCUAUAGGUCUACCUGUACCACUGUCUACAAACAUCUAUAGGUCUACCUGUACUACUGUCUACAGACAUCUAUAGGUCUACUUGAACCACUGUCUACAGACAUCUAUAGGUUGACCUGUGCCACUGUCUACAGACAUCUAUAGAUUUACCUGUACCAAUUUCUACAGACAUCUAUAGGUCUACCUGUACCAGUUUCUACAGACAUCUAUAGGUCUACCUGUACCACUGUCUACAGACAUAUAUAGGUCUACCUGUACCACUGUCUACAGACAUCUAUAGGUCUACCUGUGCCACUGUCUACAGACAUCUAUAGGUCUACCUGUACCACUGUCUACAGACAUCUAUAGGUUGACCUGUGCCACUGUCUACAGACAUCUAUAGGUCUACUUGACAAACUGUCUACAGACAUCUAUAGGUCUACCUGUACCACACUCUACAGACAUCUAAAGGUUUACCUGUACCACUGUCUACAAACAUCUAUAGGUCUACCUGUACCACUGUCUACAGACAUCUAUAGGUUGACCUGUGCCACUGUCUACAGACAUCUAUAGGUCUACUUGAACCACUGUCUACAGACAUCUAUAGGUCUACCUGUACCACUGUCUACAGACAUCUAUAGGUCUACUUGAACCAUUGUCUACAGACAUCUAUAGGUCUACCUGUACCACAUGCUACAGACAUCUAAAGGUUUACCUGUACCACUGUCUACAAACAUCUAUAGGUCUACCUGUACCACUGUCUACAGACAUCUAUAGGUCUACCUGUGCCACUGUCUACAGACAUCUAUAAGUCUACCUGUACCACUGUCUACAGACAUCUAUAGGUCUACCUGUGCCACUGUCUACAGACAUCUAUAAGUCUACCUGUACCACUGUCUACAGACAUCUAUAAGUCUACCUGUACCACUGUCUACAGACAUCUAUAGGUUGACCUGUACCACUGUCUACAGACAUCUAUAGAUCUACCUGUACCAAUUUCUACAGACAUCUAUAGGUCUACCUGUACCAGUUUCUACAGACAUCUAUAGGUCUACCUGUACCACUGUCUACAGACAUAUAUAGGUCUACCUGUACCACUGUCUACAUACAUCUAAAGGUCUACCUGUGCCACUGUCUACAGACAUCUAUAAGUCUACCUGUACCACUGUCUACAGACAUCUAUAAGUCUACCUGUACCACUGUCUACAGACAUCUAUAGGUUGACCUGUACCACUGUCUACAGACAUCUAUAGGUCUACCUGUGCCACUGUCUACAGACAUCUAUAAGUCUACCUGUACCACUGUCUACAGGCAUCUAUAGGUUGACCUGUACCACUGUCUACAGACAUCUAUAGGUCUACCUGUACCACUGUCUACAGACAUCUAUAGGUCUACCUGUACCACACUCUACAGACAUCUAUAGGUCUACCUGUGCCACUGUCUACAGACAUCUAUAGGUCUACCUGUACCACACUCUACAGACAUCUAUAGGUCUACCUGUACCACUAUCUACAAACAUCUAUAGGUCUACCUGUACCACUGUCUACAGACAUCUAUAGGUCUACCUGUACCACUGUCUACAGACAUCUAUAGGUCUACUUGAACCACUGUCUACAGACAUCUAUAGGUCUACCUGUGCCACUGUCUACAGACAUAUAUAGGUCUACCUGUACCACACUCUACAAACAUCUAUAGGUCUACCUGUACCACUGUCUACAGACAUCUAUAGGUCUACCUGUACCACUGUCUACAGACAUCUAUAGGUCUACCUGUACCACUGUCUACAGACAUCUAUAGGUCAACCUGUACCACUGUCUACAGACAUCUAUAGGUUGACCUGUACCACUGUCUACAGACAUCUAUAGGUCUACCUGUACCACUGUCUACAAACAUCUAUAGGUCUACCUGUACCACUGUCUACAGACAUCUAUAGGUCUACCUGUACCACUGUCUACAGACAUCUAUAGGUUGACCUGUACCACUGUCUACAGACAUCUAUAGGUCUACCUGUACCACUGUCUACAGACAUCUGUAGGUCUAAGUGUACCACUGUCUGCAGACCAGGUCUACUGCCUAUGUGUACCACUGCCUAUAGACAGCUCCUGUAAGGAAGAGACUUUAUGGAUGUCAGCUUCUUUAUUAUGAGGAACACUAGCUCCUGUAAGCCCGUCUGUCCCCACAGACAGUUUCCCCAGCCCUACUGUGAACCGGAUAUAUCUUGAUAGAUAUAGAUAUAUAAAGAUAUAUAUGUUAUCUAGUUAUCUCUUGAAAACCUUUAAUCAGAGUUACAAUGUUUCUUUGCAGUGUUAAAUAGUUGAAACUAGCAGACAAUAGUCCUGACUAUGUGAAGAUCCGAGGUGUGAUGGCCUUAUUGCCUCGUACAACACAUGUCGGUGUGCAUGAGAGAAUUUCAUGGUCUUGCGGUGCAAGAGUUCAGUGUACAAAGGUUGUUUUCUACCUGUCACGUUAUUCACACAUUGUUCCUCAUGUGAUAUCCGUUACCAUGACAACAGAAAUGAUGUGUUCUUGUCAGUUUUCUCUGAUCUUGUUCCGAGUUUGACGUAGCAUCUUAAAGUAACACAUACACUCAGUCCUUGUUAACUUGAAAUCUAGCUACCUGACACAUCCUAUAAGAUUAUGUAAAUUUAUAGACCCAGCAUAAUACUUCCUGACACCAUGGCAUUACAUGGCCUGUCUAACACUACAGAUAACAAGAUAGAGCUCCAUUCCCAGAGCUCAACAGGGACUUGCUUCAGUCUGGGCCCUGUACCACAAAGUGAUUGCACAGCUAUGACUUGAGUUCUGAGUGUCUUGCCCAUGUUUGGUCUAGAAGAAGACUUUGUGCAAUACCUGAUGCUGGAUCAGACUCUGGAGGUAACCAUUAACAGCCAGACUUGCAUUAAUCACCAAAUUUUAAUUAGGCCAUUAUUAUUUUUAGUAUUUGUUAAAUCACAGAUAUAUUUUUUUUUAAGUCAGAUGUCGAGGGAGGAACUUUAGCCGUUUUUUAUUAAACUGGACCACAGAAUGCUUUUACAAAUUUUACCUGUAGGACAGGAAAUUAUAAAUGAAUUUUGCCAUCUUUUGUGCAGUCAUCUGUUACAAGCUUUGUUUUUUGUUGUUUUUUUCUCAGAAGUUAAAGGGAGUUAAUUUAGGACGAAGGACAUAACUCUAGAUUUAUUCAGCAAGGAAUUUUGCUGCGACUCAUCGACUGAACGAUUUGGGGAAAUUUUAAUGUCAAAUUGAACAAAAGUUUUAUGGUUUAUUUAUUUUUAAAGAUUGAUUAAUCUCAAAAUAAUUUUGCGUGUAUGACAUGUCAGGGGAAACAAAAUAAGAGUAAAUUUGGAUUGUUAUUUUUCUCCAAUUUUAAAGAAAAUAGUGUCAGCAGAUCCAUGAUACAACAAUGAAAAAAAAUGGCCUUACAUAACACGAUUUGUGAGUGCUGUCAAUAUCCCCAAGCCCAGUCCCAUUGAGAAGGUUCACUGGCUGUGUUGCGCCAGUACUACUUCUAUUGCAAGGGUCAGACAUAGACUGUCGUAUGAUGUUGGCCACAUUACAUGGCACAUGGGUGUAGAUGUAUUUAUUAUCCACGAAUGGUACAGUCAGAAUUAUGGAUAAUUAUUAUUUAUCGCCUCCAUUUUGUUGAUUCUGAUUCACUUAUACGGAUAAUAACACCAUUUUGAGGGAUAAAUUUUACAAUCAAAAUAUCCAAUCAAAAUACUAUUUAGUCUUUUAUAGGGUUGAAGGAGACACCAGUCAGCUGUUGGAUCAAGCAUGAGAAAACCUGGCCACAACACUUCAGUUCUGUUGUUUUGUUUAUAAACAUACUAUUGUUCAAUAAUGGUAAAAACUCCAUGUAUGUUGUUAUACUUUUUACAAACAUAUUUUACGAUUGUUUUCAAAUCAUGCAUCCUCCCUGGUCCCACAGCCUUUGAAAUUUGCACUAGUCCGCAAGUCCAUGUCUACCAAAUUGUGCUGAAGACAAGUGAAAAUCCAGUGAUGAAGCCCCAUUAACUAGUCGCAUUUGAGGGCUGUAAUACUGAACCUGUUCUCACUGCUUGUUUUGCUUCAAAUUAAAACUGAAAAAAUCCCUAGAAAACCUAGUCAAUAUUUUGUCUGGUUCAAGCAGGACUAUCCACAUGUUCUGAGGACUAGUGAAAAAAGGUUCCUACAGUGGUCUGUGUCUUAAAGGCAAAUUUCUUAGGCUGUCCAAUGUUCAUGUUUCACAGUAUCAUGUUGGCUUCUUGUGUCACAUUAAACAUCAACUCCACAACUCUGUCCACUCAUUUCUCACACGGCUCAUCUGGUGGAGCUACCUCUCGUCGGAGGGUACGGCUGUGCCCAGCUCAAUCUACAGGUCUCAUCCUCAUCUUCAUCAAGCUCUCCAUCAAGUGUUCAUGAUCAGUCGGGGCGGUCGGGUAGCCUAGUGGUUAAAGCGUUCGCUCGUCACGCCGAAGACCUGGGUCGAUUCCUGACAUGGGUACAAUGUGUGAAGCCCAUUUCUGGUGUCCCCCACCGUGAUAUUGCUGGAAUAUUGCUAAAAGCGGCGUAAAACCAUACUCACUCAUUCACUCAUGUUCAGUCAUCAAAGGGUGGCUCUGACAGGUGUCCAUCACAACAGCAUAACUUACAUCAUAAGACACACGCUGUUCAGCAUGAGGUUACAUUUCAGGUUAAUCGGUGUUCCCUUUCUUGUAUGGUAUUUCACAAGAUUGAUUAAUCAAUAAGAGAUAAAAAUUCAGAUAAGAUAUUUGGAUCAUAUUCCCAUGACAGAAAUAUGAGUCCUUGUUUGGUUUGUGUGAGAUUCCUGGACAUAGUAUUCAAGGACAAUUUGGGGACACUGGUUUACCACAGGCACAUGACUUGCUGCUUACUGGGUUAGUAGUAACUACAGGUGCCCUGUGUAGACAGGAUCCUCUUCACCUGUUUACAGGGGGCACGGGUGGCCCAGUUUUCUAAGGAAAAGCAAUUUGCAAUGCAGAGUAUCGUCCCUUGGAUUCGAUUCCUGGUUUGCCCCAAUUAUGUUUCUAGGUUUGUCAGCACCAUACCCCUGCCGUGGGUUUCACCAAGGUGGUAAAGGUCUAAGACAUGCAUCACUUAGGGCUUUCGUCCCACAUUAAUCUGACACGCCGUGAUAUAACUGGAAUACUGUUCAAAGCAGCCAUAAAGAGUACUCACUCACAUGUUUAUAGGGUUUAGUGAAAACUACAGGUGUCCUGUAUAGACAGCAUCCUUUUCACCUGUUUACAGUGGGUAGUACUAGCAAGUCAUCCAAGGCACCACAACUCGCUUGCAGAGUUGUGUCCCCUUUCGGCAUGCACGGAACCCCUGAUAAUGGAUUCGCGCUGAUGACGUUUUAGUCACUCAACAUCCUAUCCAUGGUCGUGGUUUUCACCAAAGUGGUAAUGUCCAAGACACACAUCACUUCCGUCUUUCAACCGCAUUAAGCUGACAAGUCAUGAUAUAAAACUGAAAUGCUGUUCAGCGGUUAAACCCAACUCACUCACUGACGGUUUCGUUGGUUGGUUGGUUGUUUUUUUUGUUUAACGCCGCACUCAGCAAUAUUCCAGCUAUAUGACGGCGGUCUGUAAAUAAUCGAGUCUGGACCGGACAAUCCAGUGAUUUAUAUCAUGAGCAUCUGACGGUUUAGAGGAGAUGGUAGAAACUACAGGUGCCCUGCACAAAGAGGAAGAUCCAUGGUAGAAUAGGUCUUCAGCAACCCAUGCUUACCGUAAAAGGCGACUGUGCUUGUCGUAAGAGGCGACUAACGGGAUCGGGUGGUCAGGCUCGCUGACUUGGUUAAUGCAUGUCAUCGUUUCCAAAUUGCGUGGAUCGAUGCUCAUGAUGUCAAUCACCGGAUUGUCUGGUCCAGACUCGAUUAUUUACAGACCGCCGUCAGUUAGCUGGAAUACUGCUGAGUCAGGCGUUAAACAACAAACAAACAAAGAGUUACCUCUUCAAGGGUGUAGUAUAUUUAUGCCCUGUAUCGUCCUUCACAUCAUGCGAUAGCUCUUAUUAUAUAUAUAUCAUGAGGGUCACACCAAACAAGACAACAAUAACCAAAGCGGGAAAUAUAAUCACUAUUUAUUGGUCACGAGGGUAGGUGUAAUAUGCUUAGUUCCAGCUUCCAAAUUCCAUGGUCACAUUCAAGAUGUGCAGUUGCGUGCUUCAUCCUCUUACUGGUAGCCUAGUGAACAAGAGAAGCACAUUCACCUCAUUGUUGAUGCCACAUACUUUCUUUAUAAACUUCAUUCAUUCCAUUUGUUACCAUUUCCUCACUCUAUUUCACCCAGUAUGAUAAUAAAUCCGAGUACCUCUUAGAUACAUACUGACCUGUUGGUUCUAGUCAUGACUUGUUAGACAGUAUGCAGUAGAUCCAGAUUCCCAAUAUUUUGUCUUUACCCUCGGCAUGUAUAUCGUCGGUUACUACAGAUUCUUUUCUCAACAAUUGCCUCCAAGGUUUCCCCUAUUAUGUAUAUAAGUGUAAGAUAAUGAUGUUGCUGGUGGUUUGGGUACAGGAUAGGAUUUACUGAUGUCCAGAAGUUGUUGUUACACCCACUCUGAAAACACCGCAUACCAUCUUGGUAGAAGCUGCCAUCACCAGGCCACUGAUCGGGUGAACAUUCUUCAUUAUGGCACAAAUGUCAACAGGGAUUGGGCAGUCAGACGACUCAUCUGUCAAUAAUGGUUGGUGUUCUCGACUGACGUGCAGCAGAAAUAGUGCUGAAUACUUCCCAAGGGGCCGACUAUUUCAUAUUCUUGGCGUGUCUGAAAUUUGUUUCAAGAAAAAGAUCAUUUGUUCCGGAAAAUAUGAGAAACAAUAACUUUACCCCAAGUUUUACGAAUUAAACAAUUGUUCACUUGAUGUCCUGGAAAAAAAUAUUUUCUGAAAAAGAAUUUGUUCGGCUUCUCCUUUCAGGGAAAUAUAAUCUAUGGUUUGAUGCAGUGACCAUACAGCUAUCUCUUAAACAUCACCCCCUCCCUCUCCGCCCCCCUCCUACCCCCAGAAUACGAAACGGUCAGUCCCUUAUUACAGCACAGAUGGGGUAGUCUCACGACUUGAAGGUCAGCAGUUGGGUUGAUGCCGGCUUGACAUAUUUGUCAUGCAACAAAGUAAUACACCAGUGACAGCUGUGAUGACCACGAUUGGCUUUUUAGAGACGCUCAUUCAGUGGUUCGUAAAUAUGACACCGACAUUUGAUAAUUAUCUGGUCCUGAAACGAAAUGUUAGAAAAUAAUUGAGGCUUGAUGAAUUGUUUAAUUGAACUGGAACAAUUAGAACCUUACUCAUAUUGGAGAAUAAUAGAAGGUAGAUGAAACGAUGCACAGAUUGUGUUAGUUUGAUUGUUAGUGUGUGUCCCCGGUGCCUACUUGGUUGUGGAUCACACUUGCUGCCGUUCCCAUUGACUGUUUCACUUUAUCUGUGACGUCCCCCUGGACAACAUGGACAACAUUAAACUUUGAUAUAAUACCA